UUAGUUUUAUCGAAUAUGCAACAUGCUAUGGGGGCCAUGAAGAGUAUGUGCAGUCACGAUGUAGAGGCAAGGUGGCUCUUACAUAUCUUACGUUGUGUUAGACAAAUGUAUGCUUCUUUGAUACAUCUGGAUUUGCCUAGCGAGGCUCUCGAUAUUUUCGGUUCAUUUAUAUUGGAUUUAAGGAUACAAUGUUUAACUGCUCUCUUCAAACAAGGAGCAGACAAUACGGCAGCUCUGAGUCAAAAAGAAACGUGGCAGAUAGAAUACUUGAACGAGGAUGGUGGAGUUACAAGACUGCCAUAUUUAUUUGAGGAAAUAGUUUUGGUGAUAUCGAAACAUGCGCGAGAAACGGUAGUUGCUUGUGGUCCAAGAGAAGGACCGCUAUUCAAUAAUUCGGCACAUCAGAUUAUCUAUCACAAUGUCAUUAAGACAUUAUUCAUAUCAUUCGCGCGGUGCCUACAACAAUUAGCGUUUAGCGGCUGCGAGGAAGCUAUGGAUAAUGAUGAAACAUCGGUUUCGCAAUUGAUUGGAUCACCUUCUGGUUAUAAAAACAAAACCAAUAAGCAUCAAGGACCAACGUGGGAGCAAUGUCUCUUAAUCUCAUUAAGUAAUAUACGAUACACGUUAAAUAUCGUUUUACCAAGAAUCGGAGAUGCCCUGAAAGCGCAAGGCUAUCCAGAAUUAUCCAUCGCUAUCGGAUGGAACUCUGAUUGGACACAAUUGGAGACGCUGGACAGUGCUGUUCUGGAUGCAUAUCUAGAGCGCCGUUGCGAUCCACUUGUCGGUACGAUAGAGCCUAGUAUGUAUUUAGGCGGUUUAGAAUGGGACUUUGAUACGGAACCGACUCAUUUGAAACCAUAUGCCCAAGAAAUAUUGGCGAAUCUAAUCGCGGUACAUGCAGAGGUACGCAGAGUUGCACCAGCUCUAUUACAGCGGAUCCUAUCUCAUAUAAUAGAGACUAUAGCAGAGGAACUCGCGCGACUCAUGUCAUGCGUUACGCAAUUUCGUCCGGCUGGCAUUAUUCAAGCUCGAACAGAUAUUAUACUCUUGAGAAACGCUCUGCAAGCCUACAGCACAAGUAGAGCGAGAAGCUUUUUCGAGGAAGCUCUGGACGCGAUACCUCAGCCAGUAAAUAAGGAAGAUCACAUGAGAGUAGAAGCCCUUUUGUCAAAAGUCGCAACGUGUAUGCGACUGCAAUUGUCGUGUCUUACCAGUGAGGUAACGGAAAAUAUUCGUUAUUUAACGGCGGAUCCUGAACGCGUUACCACUGUGUAAUUUAUAACGACCAAAGUACGUAAUGUGAUUACGGGACAACAUUAUAUUUAUUAAUAUUAAAUUAUUAAAAGUUCUAUUAUUGUAUUUAUGUUGCACAUAUUAGAUAUGGUACAUUAUACAAUGGAAUUCGCGAAUUCUUACGACUUUUAUUUGAUUGUAAUG